AUGGAUCAGCCGGUGCCCUCCAUCUGCGGCCUCCACCCGGGCAUCGCCGUCACCGGCUUCUGCUCCGCCUGCCUCCGCGAGCGGCUCGCCGGCCUCCACCCCAGCGACCCCGCCGACUCGGCGGAGCUCCGCCGCUGCAAGUCCUUCUCCUACGCCCGCUCCGCCGCCGCCUACUUCGAGCCGCAGCGCCGCUCCUGCGACGCCCGCGGCGCCGCCGCCCUCUUCCACCAAGAGACAACCUACCUCCCGGGGGAGGAGGAACAUCUUCCGCCAACAGCGGCGGGCAGGCCGAUGAAAGACCACAUCCACCAAGAGUCCUCCUCCAAGAAGACCGCCGGCACAUUCGGGGGGUUGGGCAAGAAAUGGCAGGAAUGGCGCCGCAAGAGCAAGCUCAAGAAGCAGGAGCAGGGGCCCAUCGCCAGCAGGGCCGCCAUGCCGCACGAGAAUCUCCGCCACCGCAGCUUCCGCGACACGCGCUCCGAGGUCGCCGUCGACGCGCUCGGCCGGCGCUCCAUCGAUGUGGACACCCUUCUCUCGAUGGACGCCGGCCGCAUCUCGGUGGAUGAGCCCCGAGCUUCUUGUGACGGCUACCACGGCGUACGGUUGCGCAUUCCCCCGAUGCUGUCCCUGGUCGAGGAUGCGCCCGUCCCACGCUCUGAUGGCCAAAUCCCCGUGGAGGAAGACGAGGACACUGAGCCCGGCGGCUGCGCCCAGACAAGGGACUACUACUUGGACUCCUCCAGCUCCAGCAGGAGGCGCCGGAGCGUGGACCGCUCCUCCUUCUCCAGCCGCAAGUCAUUCUCUGAUGCCAGUGACCUGCCCAGGAUGAUGGCCGGUGCCACUGCCAAUGCCAAUGCCCGGGUUUCACCGGCCAUUGGUGCCGAGUUCUAUCAGUACCACCACGCUCAGAGUCAGAGUGUUCUUGACCAUCAUCAGCAGUGGGAGCAGGGACCGAAUUCUUAUUCUCUCCGGGAUGAUGAUAUGUCAGGGAGCAUUGAUCCCGCGGCAUUCCGGGAUGGCAUCCCUCUGCCGGCCAAGAAGUCUAAGAAGUGGAUCAAGGGGUGGAACAUCUUUGGUCUCAUACAUAAGAAGAGCAGCACCAAGGAAUCUGAAGCUGCCAGUUUGGCCAACAGAUCAUUCUCGGAGAAGUGGCCCGAGCUCCGCGCAAGGGGAUACAAUGGGCAGAUGCUCAGGUGCAACAGCAGCGUAAGCGCGAGGAGCUCCUUCGGUAAUAGUGGUGCAGCAAUGGGCGGCAUGAGCGGGAGGAGGAGCAAUGUGGAAAUGCAUGUUAAUGGCUUAGGGAGGAUGAGAAAGGAUGAGGUUUUACUCGAGAGGAAUUUCAGUGCAAGGUACACGCCUUGCACGGUCGAUAAUGGCGCGAUCCCUUAUCCAAUCGGAGGUGCCCAAUUCAGCCGGCGAAAUCAGAAUGGGAUACCCGGGAAAGGAAGGCCUGCUCGUUCAUCCAAUUCUUUGCCUCGUAGCUCGCUCGGGAUGUACUGA